CCUGCUCUCCUCUCCCCAGUCAGAAUCAGAGUGAGACCUGACAACACUCUGAGACUCAGUACUUUCCACUCUCUCUGUACAAAGAGUGCAAAGAGUGUUUUAUCUCUAGCCUCCAUAAGGGACCAUAGCAAGGAGAACAGCCAUGCUAGGAGGCACCAACACUGGGUUGGUGGCUACAGCAGCCCUCCUCUGCCUGCUGCAGGCAGGAACCAACGCAAGCAUUGAAGGUGACAGCUCAUCAGUUACCAGGACAGAUGCAGGGACCUGCACUGUCCACAGCAACCCCCACUACAGCACCUUUGACGGGGCCAACUUCCGCUUCGUGGGACCCUGUACCUACGUCCUGACCCAGGUGUGCUCGCCCUCUGAGACACCCCUGUCCCACUUCAGUGUGGAGGUGGAGAAUGAGCUGAGAGGGAACUCCUCCGUGUCUGCUGUUCAGCAGGUCAAGGUGGAAGUGGAGAACCUCAGGGUCUCCCUGCACAAGAGACAAAACCACCGGGUCAUGGUCAACGGCAUUUGGAGGAAACUCCCUCUGAGCCUCAAUGGUGGCACUGUCAACAUCCAAGGCAACGCCGCUUCCAUCGUUGUGGAGACAAACUUCAACCUUUUUGUAUCCUACGACGACGCCGGUGCUGUCCAUAUCACCGUUCCCGUAUCGUACUCCGGUAAAGUCUGUGGCAUGUGUGGGAACUUCAACCACCUGAGAGACGAUGAUUACCGCACACCUGGCAGUUCCGAGGCUGAAGACUCUGCCACAUUGGGCCAGAACUGGCAGAGCGAGGCCUGUGACUUGACCGUCGUCCCCCUUGACUGUCAACCAACUGAGGAGGCGCAGUACGCCAGCGAGCCAUACUGUGGAUCCCUGGUCUCCAGGCAGGGGCCUUUCUCUGGCUGCCAGUCUGUUCUGGGAGCAGAGAGCUACUUCCGGAGCUGUGUGGCGGGGAUGUGUGGAGCGGAUGGUGACCUAGAGGUGCUGUGUGAAGCCCUGCAGUCUUACUCUGAUAUGUGUCUCAAGGCCGGGGUGCUCGUACCAGCCUGGAGGAACUCGACUAUGUGUCCCCUGAAGUGUGGUGCGAACAGCCACUACAAUGUCUGUGCUAAGGGCUGCCCUGAGGUCUGCUCCAGCAUGGAUAAUCCAGGGGCAUGUGGGAGGUGUGAGGAGAGAUGUGUGUGUGACCCAGGCUUCAAGCUCAGCGGGGGAAGUUGUGUACCUGCAGAGGACUGCGGCUGCUGGAUGAAGGGAGAACACUAUGAAAGAGGAGAGACGUUCAUGGAAGGUGAGUGUGAUCGUGUGUGCCAGUGUAUGGGUGAGGACAGACUCCAGUGUGCUGCUUCCUCCUGCGCGUCCGACGAGGUGUGCAAGGUCAAGGAGGGGGUCAACGGUUGCUUCCUCUCCAACCCGGCCACAUGCCACGUCUACGGAGACCCCCACUACAUCACCUUCGACGGCAAGGCAUACACCUUCCAGGGGGGCUGCAGCUAUACCUUGGCCAAGACUUGCGGCGGAUACACACCCGUCCAGUUCUCAGUGACGGGCCAGAACUGGAACCCCAAAAACGAGAGCAGUGCCAAGCUGGGCGCAGUGGUUCUGGAGACAAGCGAUCUGCAUGUGAAGAUGCAAAACUACAGUGCCACAGUGAACCAUGUUUGGCAGCAUCUUCCUGUUACAGUAAACGGCACAUACGGCGAGGUGAAGCUGUACAAGAAGAAGCAGUACACUGUCAUGGAGACGACUUUUGGCCUCCGGAUGCUGCUGGACGACCAGAGCAGGCUUUUCCUGCAGCUGGACGAGCGCUACAAGGGUAAGAUGUGCGGCCUUUGUGGUACCUACUCCGACGACCAGGGGGAUGACUUCCUGACCCCUAACGGCACCAAACCCGAGACUAACGUGGUCACGUUCGCCAACAGCUGGAGAGUGAAUAGUUCAGAAGACGAUCGAUGUGUUGCCUCCCCCCCUGCCCCCCAACCAUGUGACUCCCAUUUGGACGAACAGGGCUACCGGGAGUGUUCCAAACUGCUGAGCGAAGCCUUCAAGCCCUGCCACCCCUUCGUCCACCCCACACCCUACAUCGACAGCUGUAUGUCCGACCACUGUGCCUCCGGCGGGAACAUGCAUGUGACAUGUGACUCCCUGAGGUCCUAUGUGACCACCUGCGAAGUGGCCAAUGUGACCCUGCCUCCCUGGUGGAAUGACACCGCCUGUGAUAGUCUACCUGGCCCUCCCACAAUACCACCAGUUACUACACCUGACAAGGAACUUUGUCCUCUAGACUGCAACUUUGACAACAGCGAGUGUGGGUGGGAGCAAAUUAUUCAGGACAGUUUUGAUUGGAGGAGACUGAGAGGCCCAACCCCAUCUGACCUCACAGGGCCAACCCAGGACCAUACCACAGGAGGUGGCUCCUACAUGUACAUUGAGGGUGACGGUGUUUACCACGGAGACUCUGCCCGUAUGAUGAGCCCUAAGUGCCAAAACGGGCCAGGCCGAUACUGCCUGCGCUUCUGGUACCACAUGUACGGACAGGCCACAGCCAUGGCUCUCAAUGUCUACCAGCUUGACCAGCACAACAGAAACAAAAAACUGUGGUCCAAAGCCAACAACCAGGGCUCCACAUGGUAUCCGGCAGAAGUGGAUAUUAUAAUCGAUGGGUCAUUCAAGAUCAUUAUGGAGGGAAUACGAGGCUCUGACCCUCGGUCUGAUGUGGCAUUUGAUGACGUCUCCAUCCACUAUGAAUCAUGCUCAGGGUCUUCGAUUGGUGCUAUAAGUGGAGCUUCAGUUCCUUCCUCAGUUGAUGGAGGAGUUGCCCCACACCCAGUCUGCAACCUUGAUUGCGCUUUCGAGCAGGACCUUUGCGGUUUUACCCAGCUGAUGACAGACGUUUUUGAUUGGACAAGGCACAGUGGCUCCACCCCCACUGUCAUGACUGGGCCAUCAGCUGACCACACAAAAGGAAGUCCAUUUGGUCACUACUUGUACAUCGAGGCCAACAGUGUGUCUAGCGGAGACAUGGCUCGCCUCCUUAGCUCUGAGUGUUCUGACCCUGGUCCUCAGUGUCUGCAGUUCUGGUACCACAUGUCUGGCUCGGCCGAGACCAUGGGUCUGCAUGUCUACCUGCUCCAGGGCCGCUACGUGGAUGGGGUGUGGGGGAAGAGGAACAACCAGGGAGACUCAUGGCAACGGGCUCAGGUGGAUCUGAUGACCACUGGACCUUUCCAGAUCAUCUUCGAGGGCCACAGAGGCACCACUGAUCAGUCCGACGUGACUAUAGAUGAUGUAUCUCUGCAUCGUGGACGUUGUGCAGACUUGAUUAAGCCACCAACACCAACAGAGAAACCUGUACUCCCUCCAGUGGACAAGUCCACCACUGCACCAGCUCCAAUUGCUACAAGACCUGAACCACCCACAACAACUAGGCCACAACCACCAACAACUGAUAGACCAGAAACACCAAGACCAACAACUGAUAGACCAGAAACACCAAGACCAACAACUGAUAGACCAGAAACACCAAGACCAACAACUGAAAGACCAGAAACACCAAGACCAACAACUGAAAGACCACGACCACCUAGACCAACAACUGAUAGACCAGAAACACCAAGACCAACAACUGAAAGACCACGACCACCUAGACCAACAACGGAUAGACCAGAAACACCAAGACCAACAACUGAUAGACCAGAAACACCAAGACCAACAACUGAAAGACCAGAAACACCAAGACCAACAACUGAUAGACCAGAAACACCAAGACCAACAACUGAUAGACCAGAAACACCAAGACCAACAACUGAUAGACCAGAAACACCAAGACCAACAACUGAAAGACCAGAAACACCAAGACCAACAACUGAUAGACCAGAAACACCAAGACCAACAACUGAUAGACCAGAAACACCAAGACCAACAACUGAUAGACCAGAAACACCAAGACCAACAACUGAUAGACCAGAAACACCAAGACCAACAACUGAUAGACCAGAAACACCAAGACCAACAACUGAAGGACCACGACCACCUAGACCAACAACUGAUAGACCAGAAACACCAAGACCAACAACUGAUAGACCAGAAACACCAAGACCAACAACUGAUAGACCAGAAACACCAAGACCAACAACUGAUAGACCAGAAACACCAAGACCAACAACUGAUAGACCAGAAACACCAAGACCAACAACUGAUAGACCAGAAACACCAAGACCAACAACUGAUAGACCAGAAACACCAAGACCAACAACUGAUAGACCAGAAACACCAAGACCAACAACUGAUAGACCAGAAACACCAAGACCAACAACUGAUAGACCAGAAACACCAAGACCAACAACUGAUAGACCAGAAACACCAAGACCAACAACUGAUAGACCAGAAACACCAAGACCAACAACUGCAAGACCAGAAACACCAAGACCAACAACUGAUAGACCAGAAACACCAAGACCAACAACUGAAAGACCAGAAACACCAAGACCAACAACUGAUAGACCAGAAACACCAAGACCAACAACUGCAAGACCAGAAACACCAAGACCAACAACUGAUAGACCAGAAACACCAAGACCAACAACUGAUAGACCAGAAACACCAAGACCAACAACUGAAGGACCAGAAACACCAAGACCAACAACUGAAGGACCACGACCACCUAGACCAACAACUGAAAGACCACGACCACCUAGAUCAACAACUGAAAGACCACGACCACCUAGACCAACAACUGAUAGACCAGAAACACCAAGACCAACAACUGCAAGACCAGAAACACCAAGACCAACAACUGAAAAACCACGACCACCUAGACCAACAACUGAAAGACCACGACCACCCAGACCAACAACUGAAAGACCAGAAACACCAAGACCAACAACUGAAAGACCAGAAACACCAAGACCAACAACGGAUAGACCAGAAACACCAAGACCAACAACUGAUAGACCAGAAACACCAAGACCAACAACUGAAAGACCAGAAACACCAAGACCAAGAACUGAAAGACCAGAAACACCAAGACCAACAACUGCAAGACCAGAAACACCAAGACCAACAACUGAAAGACCAGAAACACCAAGACCAACAACUGCAAGACCAGAAACACCAAGAACAACAACUGCAAGACCAGAAACACCAAGACCAACAACUGAAGGACCAGAAACACCAAGACCAACAACUGCAAGACCAGAAACACCAAGACCAACAACUGAAAGACCAGAAACACCAAGACCAACAACUGAUAGACCAGAAACACCAAGACCAACAACUGCAAGACCAGAAACACCACGACCAACAACUGAAAGACCAGAAACACCAAGACCAACAACUGAUAGACCAGAAACACCAAGACCAACAACUGCAAGACCAGAAACACCACGACCAACAACUGCAAGACCAGAAACACCAAGACCAACAACUGAAAGACCAGAAACACCAAGACCAACAACUGAUAGACCAGAAACACCAAGACCAACAACUGAAAGACCAGAAACACCAAGACCAACAACUGAAAGACCAGAAACACCAAGACCAACAACUGAAAGACCACAACCACCUAGACCAACAAAUGAAAGACGAAGACCACCUAGACCAACAACUGAAAGACUACGACCACCUAGACCAACAACUGAAAGACCACGACCACCAAGACCAACAACUGAAAGACCACGACCACCCACCACAGCAAGACCAACGCCAUCUUGCCUGAAGAACAGCCAUUACAUCUCCUGCAUCUCCGCCUGCCAGCCCACCUGUAAGCACCUCCACGGCCCGCCCGACUGCCGUGCUGACGAGCCCUGUGUACAGGGUUGUGUAUGUGACGACGGCUUUGUUCUCAAACAGAGGGUGUGUGUGCCCAUCCAGCAGUGUGGCUGUGUGGGCAGCAAUGGCAACAGUCAUAACUUUAAAGAGAACUGGUACACUGAGCACUGCCAUCAAAAGUGUGAGUGUGAUGAAGACGAUGGUGUGGGGGAGAUUGACUGCGAUGAUGAAAAUGGGUGUGAUGAGGAUACCGUCUGUUUUCAGAAUGAAGCCGGACAGUAUUUCUGCAAGUCAACAGACUUCAGCGAGUGCUCUAUCAAUGGAGAGCCAGAGUACAGAACUUUUGACAACAUGAAGCACGACUUUGAGGGCAGAAACUCCUACAUUCUGGUCCAGACCACAGGCCUGUCCAAGAACCAGCCAGACGUCUACAUCGAGGCCAUCAUUGAGAUCGUCAACCAGGAUGGUGUUGACAGUCAUGGUGACAGUAGGCAUGGUGACAGUAGUCAUGGUGACAGCAAUGACGAGGAUGACAAGCAUAAAGACAGCAAGGAAAGGGACAGCAAUGAAGACAGCCAUGAUCACAGCAAAGAGAACGACAACCGUCUGCGACUCAGAGGACUGAAGAUCAGAGUCUAUAACCACACAGUGGAGUUCAGAAACAACAGGAAACUUGUUCUGGACGGUAGGAGCACCCAUGCCCCUGUCUCACCAGCAGGUGGUCUGAGGAUUCUGGAGCGUUCCUCUCGUAUCUACCUGAAGACAGACUUCGGCCUCUCCGUGGAGUUUGAUGGAGACAGCAGAGCAGAGAUCAUCCUGCCCCACACCUACAAGAGGAGGGUGGGCGGCCUGUGUGGCAACUUUGACGGCAAGAAGAAGAACGAUAUGAUGAAGCCCGACGGUAACCAGGCCAAGAGCAUCAAGGAGUUCAGAGAGAGCUAGAGAGUGACGAAGGACAGACUGAGCAUAACAUGGAAGUAUGUAGUCACAGAAACCAGUACUAGCUACCACUACCAUGUUAUUGUCUGCCAUAUCUUGUGUGGAGUGUAUAGUACGGCAUCCAUAUUAGGAUCUCCCCCAGUUGUCACUCCUUAUUUAACUUUUUUAGAAUUUCAAGUUUCACUUGAAUUAUCGCUGUACCAAGCAGAGAGAUUUGAUUUAUCGGGGAACAAUGCUAGUCAUUCUUAUUUUUUAUUAAUUGCAUAUGUUACAUAUUUAAAGAGCACCAACGCCAAGACUGACUGCUCGUUCUUUUAUGUUUUCAUCUUCCCUUCGUAACGUUGUCUAUGGCCAGUGACCUGACCUCCAUGCAUCAAGACCAUUGAUUGUGUAAUAUUCUUCUCAUAGGCAGACACUUUCCUUCCUACAAUGGACACAGUGUAUUUGAAAGUACUUGGGUUAAACAAAAAAAGCUUGGGUUUUUGUGGACUGUAUGGAAACUUGAUCAAUGAAGUAUUCUACUUCUUCUAUAUGACUGUUGGUUUAAAUCCUGUUGUUACUGUGGCUUAUGACCCACCUGUAUGCCUUCUGAGAUCUCUUUCAGUCUUACUGUAGGUUCUUUGCACAGUUCACCUAGUGUAUGAAUCAAUGUACACAAGUUACAUAUUUGUGUAUUACUGCUAAUGUGUACUAUAUAUUCAAAAGCCCACAUUCCUUUAGCUUUAGGCUGAUGUCCAAUAGUUCAGUGACUGUAAUGUGCAAUAUUACUGUAUGAUAAUAGAAAACUAUGUAAACGAAGGAUGCAAGUGUUUUAGCUGAUGUUUUAUCCCACUGAAUGUAUGUUUUAUUUCUUGAAUUAUAUAUCUAUGAUUGAUAUGAAUUUUAUGAGAUCUUAUAAAUAAUAAAUAAUUAUUCACACUGCA